GCCCGUUCAAUUUUUUGAAACUCGGCCUCGGUCACGAUCGUAAACAUCAAUGAGAACGCUCACAACACUCAUCCUUCAUCUGGACGCGCGACUAGUCACCACCAUCCUGCUCCAAGCUGUCGCGUAGAUCGUGAAGCUGGAGCUCAGCACUCUUAUUUGCCAGUUCACGCAACGCUGACAACUGCGCGGCCUCAUUGUCUCCGCUUAUUUCCUCACUCCACACUCAGUUCGUCCUGCCCCGCGGGUAGCGACCUUGUCCAAUCUCAUCACCAUGGGUAGAAAGGCGAAUCCUCUAAUCCUCGACUACUUUGAACGAGGUGCUAAGAUCGGCGACUCGUCCAACCGGUAUGAGCACACAUGCAAGCGAUGUGGUGAAUUCUUCCCAAAGGGCCGCAUGGAAAAUCUCACAGCACAUUUAACAAAAAAGUGUGCUGUUAUGACAAUGAAAGAGCGUGUACAGAUCAUUAUGCGUUUAAAUGAUCUUGUGGUUGAAGAUGCUGAAAUGCACAUCUUCCCAAAUGCACCUGUACGAGAGGGAGAUAAUCAACUAGCGAGCCGCUCCAACGAUCCGCCGCGUCUUGCUCCGAACCUACCAGCACAGCAGAAUGGGCUUGAGGUUCUGGCAGAAGCUUCCCGUCAGCUUGUUAGUCAUCCCAAUCUUGAUGAGCAGCAUGACUACCUCGAUCAGGAGCAAGGGAUAUCUCAUUCUCAACUGCCAUCGCACCAUGAGCUCAACAUCUUGAGUGCAAAUCCGAAUCCUCUGGAUCCUCAGUACGGUACCACUGGUCUAAAUGGUCAUCUUUCGCAAGAUUUUGGACUCCUUAGUAAGGACAAUGGGUUUCCAACCACUGUCGGGGGAGAAGACCCGUCUGUGCACAGUUUCAUGCCUGUCCAUGUGUCAGAAGAGGCCUUUCAUGGGAUUGCCGUGACCGGCCCGGACAUGCUGGCUUACGAUUCAUUCACCGGUCCUCAUAGUGCAGCUAUGCAGCACAUCUCAACAGCUGAUCUUAACAAUUUUGGACUUACUGUGCCGUUCGCAAACCCGCCAGCGACUCAGCCUGGUAUGGUGGGCGAAUCCAACAAUGCACAAACUUACGUUGGUGAAUCCAAUAAUGAACAACCUCACGUUGGCGAAGCUUCCAGCGACUCAAGUAUCUUUAUGGACCCACAUAGUCAAUCGUCCCAGUUUAUCACCGAGACUGGGACAAACACACCGCAAAGACCCAAGAUCCGUCGUAAAUUCGGCCCAGAACGUCGAAAGGAAGUUCUUGAGGUUCGGAAGGUGGGCGCUUGUAUGCGUUGCCGGAUGUUGAGGAAAGUGUGCUCCUUGGGCGAUCCUUGCCAGACUUGUGCUACAAUCGAAAACCCUCGCCUUUGGAAAAAUACAUGCAUCCGCAAGAAAUUGCUGGAUGUCUUCGCCGGAUAUUCUGCUAUGCCGUACGCAGUCCAUCUCCUUGAAGAGCAAAAGGAGCUCAAAGGAGCCCACGGCAUCAGCGAGAAGUCCUUGGCGAAGGUCGAGGCACACCAUUUCGUCGAGGAAAAGCUCGUGUUCAAGAGUCGCCACUGUAAACCAAAGCGCGCGCGGAACGGGUCAGUUGUUGAGUCUCCGGAUCUGCCUUUUGGUGAGGAAGGAGUUGUCGUUAUCGACCUCGAGGUUCAAGAUCUGCUGUCAAAGGUGCAGAGAUAUCUGCAAGCAAUCACUCCAGUCGUGAUUGCCCGAGAGAAGUCCCCAAGCAUCAGAGCCACUCUUGAAUUUGCACACCGCCUCAACAUGGAGCAACUCGGCGAUAUCACUACAGGUGAACACGACAUCCUCCUCCCUCGGGUUAUCGAACUGUGGGCGGCCACGUUCUUAAUGACGGAGCAUAACCUAAAGGCACAUUUUGCGAUAAUUGCAGAUGAGACUGAAGAGCGCACGGGGAUAAACGAAGAUCUCAAUCCUUACGUCUACGCUACAAUGGACAAGCAGUUCCGAGCAGCGAUCGAGAAGCGAACUGCCCAGAUCUGCAAAACGAUCUUGCCAAUCUUCGAGCAGCGCGCUCUCGUUCGGGACAAGGGCAAUCCGUUCGAGACUUUUUUGGUCGCCUUUAUCCUGCUUAACUGUGUUGAGCGCAUGUGCUGGCUAUUCAAUUGCUGGGAGAACUUUCCGCCAUUCCAGUGGCCUUUCGAGACUUCCCCAGCUGCAUAUGCUCAGACAGGUGAGGAGUUCGCCACAACCAUUCAAAUGCUCAUCAGCCUACGCUCUCUACAGCCGAAGCUCACUGUUGACCUCGUCAACGGUUUCAUUGUUCCUCAGACCACUGAGGACUCAAGAUUUGAACUGUGGCUCGAAAAUGCUAAAUUUGCUCCCGAUUUGGGAGCGCAGGCCAUCGACUGGAGGCUGAGUGUCAACGACUGCAGAUGCAUGGAUGGCACGCUGUCGGGUCGACUCUUGGAGAUCUAGACCAGCAAAACAAGAGCAAAGCAUAUGAUAAUUGGACGAACAGGAGGUACUUGGCCGAAAUGGAGACGAAGGUUGUAACAGAAAGAUGGCGGUGAAGACUGGAAUGAUACGACGAGACUUGGAUGUUCGCUGUCUUUGGUGGACACGCUGUACGACUACACGAUUGCACGAAGAGACAAAGACGGCAUUGGACAUUUGUCACGAGAUUACGAGCUGAGAUACCCCAGAAGAGCGAAGAUGGCCUCACGAUGUUAGAUUGCAUACAGAGCAAGCUGAGAUACUCCUUGAAAUUCAUAGAAAAGAUCCAAAAGAAAA